AUGAAACCAAUCAAGACUGUGGUCAACUCAGCUUCUUGUGCUUUAUUGGCACGCUUUGGUUCAGGCUGCAAAAAGGGCGUUGGUCUCCGAUUGAGUUGUAAUUUCAAUACUAGUACACUUUCAAACCCACACCCCUCAAAGAAUAACACCACCUUGCAAAAUUCAAGAUCUUUUCAUUCCAGAUCUUGCCAUUACUCCUCCUAUUCGGGAGCUGGACCAGACGAUCAACAACGAUCAUCCAAUUUGAAGCAACGACUGAUUAAAGCUGGAUUUUAUUCCUCCAUUGGAUUAGUUUCAGUCUUAACAGGAGCCUAUUUGUAUCUCCAUUUCAAGGAACGGGUUUCAUACCAGAAAUUCAAUGAUCAUUCAUUCCGAUUGAUUCAUCGAGAUCCCGAAACAGGUGAUGAAUGUGUUUGGUCCUAUGUUCAUCAUUUCCAAAUGAAAAGUAUUCCAAUGGCUCUGAGCAGUACGAUGGCCAUUGUCAAGAUGAAUCCUGGCCACAGUGAUGGUGUUGAAACGGAGAGUGAAUUGUGUUUGUACAAUGUAGUUGCCUUGACUGAUGUGGUGCAACGAGAAUUGGACCGAUUAGGAAAGGUGAAAAUGAUCAUCAUUCCGAGUCGUGAACAUGUGGCGUUUGCAGGACAGUAUUUUAAAAAGUUUAUUUUACAAAAUCCCACAAGUAAUAACAACGAGAUUCCUGUGUUUUAUUGUCCCUAUGGCAAUAGAGAUAGUGUCAUUGAGAAUUUAUAUGGAAAAUUGAAUAAGGAGUUUCCAAAUCUUGACAAGAAUGAAAUUGCCAAACAUGUGAAAAGUUUUCCACCAGACAAUUCAUCAGUGCCUCCUGAAUGGCCACAACAUUGGAUAUCUCAGUUUGAGGUACAGACAGUCUCAGGCAUGCCUUUCCUUACCGAGGUCGUUCUCUUACACAAGCCAACCAAAACCUUAAUUGCAUGUGAUAUGGUUAUGAAUUACAAAGAGCCUAUUCCUAUGCAUGUCGAUGAUCCUAACCACACACCUUUUCUUUUCACAUAUGCAAAGUUGAUGAGAAUUUAUGGCAAAGGUCCUGUGAUACCAAUAUCUUUUAGAUUAUUGGUUCAAGAUAAAGAAAAAACAAAAGAAGAGUUAAAUCGAAUUAUGAAUGAAUGGGAUUGGAGCAGUGUUAUUGUAGGCCAUGGGAAUGAAAUGAUUGGAAAAAGUGACGCACAAGUAAAAGCUCUCAAAGAGGACUAUCUCAAGAGUGCUUACGAGAAUCUCGCCCUCAAUAACAAGUAA